CAAAUCUUCCCAAGUCUGUAUCAGUUCAUCUGAAUCCCUAACUCUUUCAUCAGUAAUUGCAUGUAAAAUCUCUUGUAACCCUACAAUUCUACGACUAACCAUUUUUCUCAAUUGGCGAACUGGUUCAUAAACCCCUCUUACAGAAUCAAGAUUUUAGCAACAGUUUCUUGUUGUGGGUUUCUAAUUCAUCUGCUUCUUCAUGUACUAAACCUAAUCCUCUCAAGUUCCUAUCUACUUAGCUACAUAUUUUUCAUGGGAAAGCAAUUUGCAUCAAGAUCAGUAACGAAGGCAGCAGAUGAGAGAAGUGAAAGACAACGCCCACCGGUUCCAAUGGCAGCACCUUGGCUUGUUUUCCCUUAUGGAAAAGGUAGGAAAUUUCAGAGUUUCUAUAAUCCUUGUGAACCCAGUAAUAGAAAUUGCAUAAAAUCUAUACCAGAGAUGCAAGGAAGAGCAUGUUAUCACAAACCAUCUCAUCAAGGUUGGCUAAUUGUUAUUGGAAAUGUAGAAGAUAAGGCUGAGUAUUCUGUGGCUAAUUCAAAAUUAGAUGAUUGUUUCUUGUGGAACCCUGUAUCAUUGGAAACUAUUCGAUUACCUGACAUUGAUCGACAGUCUUUGAAUACCAAAUCAAAACAAUAUUUUUUGAUCGACUGAGUGUUAUCCUCACCACCUACGAGUACUAGUGUUUCUGAUCCUGACAACCUAGACUGCAUGGUAUACCUACUUUUUAAACGGGUAAACUAUCGAGAAAAUUCUGAGGAUAUGCACGUACUAGCUUUUUGUCGACCUGGAGACAAACAAUGGAGAACGAAGGUGCUGUUUGUAACUUCUCCUGACGAUUAUUCUUUUAGACUAUCUAUUGAGUCGCUGCUUUGCUUUAGAGGUGAGCUAUACGCAUUCUGCGAGGCAGACUUUGCAAGAAAUUGGGUUAUAAAGAUCGAUGUACAAAAACUAUGGCAGCAUGUUGUCGAUAAUAAACAAACCCAAUAUAUUAGAUUGAUCAAUAUUGCGCAUGCUGAUUUCACAUGGAUAGGAGGAGGUGAGGAAUUCAGUCGUUUCAUGGAACAUUGGGUUGAAUCUGGUGAUGAAAUCUUCAAAGUUCAUUUAAAUUGCAGUCCAAGAGGAUUUAAGAAAGUUGCCUCAACGCAUAUUUUCAAGUUGGAUUUCUCAUCAAUGACUUGGGUUUUGUUGAAGACUUUAGAUGAUCAUGUUCUCUUUUUGUGCAUAAACACGGACACAUUAGAGUCUAGAAAGUGUUAUUCCACUUCCACCGCGUGCUGCUCUGCGGCCGACAUGGGUCUUGAAAGAGGUUGCUUGUUUUAUACACUACUCGAAGAUCAAACCUUGUACACAUUUGAAGUAGAAGACAAUGCUACCACAAUUAUCAUGCCGUGUUUGAAGCUUCCAACUCCAUGGUUUCUUCCCACUUGGAUAAUGAUGCCUACAACAGUAAAAAGCAAGCACGUUGCUGGAAGAAGGAGAAGAAUAACAGAUCUUCUAGUAAGCCAGGAUACAACUGCAGCCAAUACAGAAGAGGAGGACAUGAGCAGGUUGUCUAACAGUGGAGGAGAAUUGGAAGCCUUAAAACAGUUGGAUCUUCUUAAUAGUAAUGACAUUUCAGAGGCGAUAGCAAGAUUUCUCCAUCCAGUGGAUUACAAUCAUUUUCGUUUAGCCUGCAAACAAAAUUCCGUACUUCUCCCUGCAUUGAACAGAACAUCGGCUAUUCCAAGGACCAUAACAACUACAUGUUUAUCUCCAUGGCUGAUUUCUAUCUCUGAAGAUGAUGAAGAGGCAAUCUGCGAUGUCGUUGACCCAAUGCAUAAUAAUGACAAGUACUUCAUGAAAUUGUCUAAUCAAUUGCUUGUGGGUGCUACAAUCCGUUUUUCAAAAGAUGGGUGGCUCCUGUUAUCUAACGGGGAAAAAAACUGUAUUCUGCUAUAAUCCAUUUACAAGAGUAGUGAUCCAUCUCCCAGAUAUACCUGAUGAUUAUGUACUUGAUGGAAUGUCAUUUUCGUCGGUGCCUACUUCUCGUGAUUGUGUGGUGACUAUUAUCUCUAAUUGGUGUGAAAUAGCAGGUGAGAACGAAAUAUAUUUCUUGGUCAUUAAUCUGGGAAGAAGAGGAAGAAAUAGAACAGCUGGUUGGACUAUUUAUCAAUUCAACUAUGAAGGCUGUGCUGAGGAUAACUUUGUCCCAUGUAUUAACAACCCGGUUUUUUAUAAAGGAGCUUUUUACUGCUUAGAUUAUAAUGGAAUGUUAGGAGUUUUUAAUGUGAAAGGCGGUGUCAGUUGGAAAAUACUUCCAAAAUCCUUGAAACAAUUCGGUGGUUUUUAUCCAAGUUAUCUGGUGGAGUGUGAAGAAAAACUUUUACUAGUGAAUGUAGGACAGAGUGGAAAAUUGGUAGAGAUAUAUAUAUUAAAUGAUUCAGAGAUGGUCUGGGUUAAACUGAACAGUUUAGGAAAGCAUGCAUUGUUCAUCAGCUAUACAUCCAGUUUUUCAGCAGUCGCUCCACGGAGAACAAUAUCUACUUCCCCAGGUUAUACGCCGAAAAGGUUCUAUACUAUUCUCUUGAUACAUGCAGGUAUCAUUCUGUUGGUCACUCUUGGCGAGAUUUUCACAACUCAAAGAAAGAUCAAACUGCACUUGGAUUGAACCUAACUGGUCUCAAGCGAGUCUUAGUCAGGAGUCUGACAACAUGCUUAGACUUAGAGCACUAGUAAUGGCUUCUCUUACCAUUUAAAAAGCCAGUACUAGUUGCUUCUCUGUAACUGUAACUAGUAAAAUGAAUUGAAUUUGCAUAAAAUUUCCACCAACUUUAUAAUUUGAAAUAUUUACUUUAGAAUUCCAUUUCUGUUCCCUCUAUAACUUUUGAUGCACCACCACAAAAUGCAUUGCAACGCUCAUGUCCAACAGCUGCAUAUACUGAGUGAGGAGCCAGCAAAACAUAUGAGCAGCAAUUACCUGUUCAUUUUCACU